UGACACUCAGCAGUUGGGACGAGACUUUGCUGACCUCAGAACAGCACCAUGGCAUCAUCCAGGCACUACAGUCACUCUGCUCGAGAUAUUGCCAAUGUGAUGCAGAGGCUGCAAGAUGAGCAGGAGGCGGUGCAGAAAAGGACUUUCACAAAAUGGAUCAAUUCCCACUUGGCAAAGCAUGUCCCUCCUCUUGAGGUGAAAGACCUGUUUGAUGACAUCAAGGAUGGUGUGAUGCUGCUGGCUCUCCUGGAAAUCCUCUCUGGACAAAAACUGCCAUGUGAGCAGGGCAAGAAGCUAAAGAGAAUCCACUGGGUCGCCAACAUUGGUACAGCUCUCAAGUUCCUUGAGGGCAGAAAAUCUGCCUACAGAGGAUCUCCGAUCAGGUUAGUAAACAUAAACUCCACCGACAUUGUGGAUGGACGGCCAUCGAUUGUACUGGGGUUGGUGUGGACGAUCAUCCUGUAUUUCCAGAUUGAAGAGCUAACCAGCAGCCUACCAGAGCUCCAAGCCUUUUCCAGCAGUAACUCCUCCCUGGAUAGCUCCACCAGCAGCACCGACACCACCAGCCCGCCUGUCAAACGGAGACCUCUGGCUCUGCAAGGGGGAGCCAGAAAGGCUUUACUCAGAUGGGUUCAGCAGACAGCUACCAAAUGUCUAGGGCUUGAUGUGAAGGACUUUGGGUCCAGCUGGCGCACCGGUUUAGCCUUCUUUGCUGUUAUCAAUGCCCUCCGGCCUAAUCUGGUGGACAUGGAGCGGGUAUGGAGAAGGCCCAAUCGGGAAAAUUUACAGGAAGCGUUCUUAUUGGCUGAGACUGAGUUAGGCAUCCCACAGCUUCUUGAUCCAGAGGACGUGGAUGUAGACAAGCCAGAUGAAAAAUCUGUCAUGACGUACGUCGCCCAGUUCUUGAAGCAUCAUCCUGACAGAAAGCAGAGCAACUUGGAAGGAAAGACUGAAGAAGCGGAUGAUCUUGCUCCUCGGGACAUAGAGGAAAUGUUUGAGAGAGAACACCGAAAGAGCCAGAGGGAACUCAAAAUGUGGCUCGACCAGCUGGAGAAAGAGGUGGUACACGCACAGGAGACCCCGGGCAGUCUUGCUCAACAGUACCAGCUGUUCAAAAGCCUUCAAGUCCAGCUGGAGAUGAAGCGGAAGCAGGUGGAGGGCGCUUUGCAGUCCACGCAGAGAGACGGGAUGCUGACUGUGGAUCAGGCUCUGGUCAAACAGGCCUGGGAAAGAGUCUCCAACAGGCUCUUGGAUUGGCACCUUCGCCUGGACCGAUCCCUGCCAGCUCCUCUGGGAACCGUAGGGGAAUGGCUACACGAGGCUGAAGGAGCCCUGCGACAAGAGAUUACUGUCCAACAGGCUCAUGAUAACACAGCUAAUACUGUACACAGAGCUCUGGAGCAGCACAAGGACGUGUUGAGGAGCUUGGAGAGUCACCAGCAGAUUUUUCAGCGAAUCCAUAAAGACAGAAGUGUUGACGGUGUUCCUGUUCCACAGGAUCAGCUCCAAGACAUGGCUGAGCGGAUGAACUUUGUUUCUACAUCCUCUAGCCUCCAUCUGGCCAGAAUGGAGUUUCUUGAGAACAAACACCACAUGCAGGCCUUCCUCACACUGGCUGAAUCCAGGCUGAAAUCCUGGAUCAUUAAAUAUGGCCACCAGGAAUCUGUGGAACUGAUGCUCAGCAACUAUAUUUCAUUCGUGGAGAAGCAGCAUUUCUUUGAAAAUUAUGAGGCAUUGUUCCAGUCCCUAAAACAAUCUGCAGAGACCUACGUCAGUAUGGACAGCUCAGUGGAUGAAGGUGAAAUGGGAGUUCGCAGAUUUAUGCGGGAAGUGGCGACUCAGUGGAGGAGCCUGUCUAUGGAAGUGCGCAGUGUGAGGAGCAUGCUGGAGGAGGUCCUGUCCAACUGGGAGAGGUACGGCUCCACUGUUGCCUCCCUGCAGGCCUGGCUGGAGGACGCAGAAGAAGCCCUGAACCAGCCAGAGAAGGUCAAACUGGAGUUUUUUAGGAAUCUCAGCCACUGGAUGGAUCAGCACGCAGCCAUGAACGACGCCGGGAAUUUUCUCAUUGAAACAUGUGAUGAGACCGUGUCGCUUGACCUCAAGCAGCAGCUGCUUCUGCUAAACGGACGAUGGAGAGAACUCUUCCUCAAAGUCAAACAAUAUGCUCAUUCAGAUGAGUUGGAAAAGUGGAGAAAAGACCACCUAAAGGCUGUGUGGACCCUAAAAGAGCUGCUGGAAGAAGCAGAGGCCAAGCUGAAUGCUCCUGUUCAGGUGUCCUUCCUCGGAGUCAAAGCCUUCCUGCAGGAUGUAGAGAGCACCAAGCAAAAGGUCGUUUCCAUGGAGACCCAAUACAAGUUGGCUGCCCGCAGUGCUCAGCUCCUCACCAAGGAUGCAACACAGGAUGAAGCUGCCAGGGUCAUGGCAACCAUGGCAAAGGCUAAAACUCAGCUGAACAAGGUGAGAGAGCGGUGCCCCUCCCUGGUGAGAGAAUGUCACGUCCUGCUGCCACUGCUGGAGGAAAUGGAGAAACACAUCAGCAGUUUCUACCAGGCCCUGGAACGGGCAAGUCGGAUCACUGCUGGUGUGAGAGACUCGGAGGUACCUGGCCAACAGAAACACAAGUUACAGGAUUUGCUGAACCAGCAGCAAAGCUGUAAGCGAUGUCUUUCUGUGAUUGAGAGAAAUCACCAGACGCUGGAGAAAUCGCUUGGCAACAGUAAGGUGCUCCGAAACUUCGACAUGUCCUCACUGCAAAAGAGAGUUUCCGAAAUUCAAGGAUCAUCACAGGCUUUGCUUAAGGAGGUCGGGGAAUGGAGGAGGCGGGAAGAGGCCAAUAACUGCCUGAGGAGGAGGUUUGAGGAAUCACGGCAUGAGCUGGAAAGAGUGCUGAAGAAAGCUCAGAGCUGCUUGAAGGAGACUGGAGACGCAGAGGAAUUACUGAGGAAACACACCGAUUUCUUUGGUCAGCUGGACCAGCGGGUGCUCAGCGUGUUCCUGAAAGCCUGUGAUGAGCUGACAGACAUCCUACCUGAAGAGGAGCAGCAGGGUCUGCAGGAAACUGUCCGUAGGCUGCACAAGCACUGGAAGGACCUCCAGACGGAGGUUCCCUCUCACCUGCUCCGACUAAAAGUGGAUGUGGAGAGAAGUCGAGUGGCUUUGAUUCUUCAGGAUUGCAGAGGAGAGCUGGAAAGAGAGAUACAGGCUCUGUCAGGCACCUGCACCAGUGAGCGAGUUAUCAAAGAGCACAGGACUUUCUUCAGGGAACGCAAACCUCUGACUUUGUGUGAGAAAAGAAUCACAAACAUGGAGGAUCUGUGUCAUAAGUUACCUGACAAUGACCCGAUCUAUCGGAUGCUUGAUUCCACUAAAAGGGCGGUAGAAGAGGUUACUGAGCAAAUAACAGUCACUCACCUGAAACUGGAGCAACACCCUGACAAAUGGAAAGAGUGGAACGACAGGUUCUGUGAGCUUUCUGAUUGGCUGUCAUCCCAGAGAGGGCAGGUGAGGCUACUAAGAGAGACAGCAGUGACUUCCCAUCACCAGGAUCAAGUUGAUGCUGCUGUUCGGAAUCUGCAGGAAGCCUUGAUGGGCCGAGAGGAGAGCCUAUUGUGGCUAAAAAGUCGCCUUGCCAGGCUGUCAGAGGUUAGCUCAGAGCUGGAAGUCCAAAGACAGAGAACAGCCCUGGUUAAACUUUCAACUGACCUACGGUCCCUCUUAUCGUCACUCUGUCAGUUGGGAGAAGAAGGCUCUGCUAUGUUCCAUUGUGAGGGGCUGAGGGAUGAAGUUCACUGUGCUUUGGAGGAAGUUCUGAGGGCAAGAAAGGAGGCAGAGGAGCAGACCAGCAGGAUUCUGAAUGCCGAGAAUCUGGAGGAGGCCAAACAACUUUACCUCAUUCACCAGCAACACCUGAGAAGGCUGCAUGCUAACAGAAAGGAGGCCGAGCAGCUGGUGACUCACUGCCGCCAGCUGCAGACAGGUGAGGUACUGAGUCAGCCUCUGCGUGAACUGGAGGGAGCUUUCAGCGAGGCUGACCUCAAAUCUGGAACGACAGAGCAGAACCUGCAGACAACCCUGAGCUGCUGGCAAAAUUUUGAGAUAGAAAGAGAGGAAAUUUGGAGAUUUAUUACGAACACUGAAAGUGAACUAAACAAGGAACUAAUUUUCAAUAGCUUGGAGAGCCUGAGGAGUGAACUGGAGCACCUCAAGGAGCUUUCCAUAGAUUUCGAGGAGUAUUCUGUACGAGCAGAUAUCCUUUUGGAGAAGGCAGAAGAUAUUCAGCUUGGGCCAAAAACUCAGAGUCGUCUUCUACAGCAGGCAGAGUCCUCCAGAGAAAUGAUCACACAACUUCAGAAACAACUCAAAGAGAAUUUUGUCCUUCUUGAGAAGAUGUGUGUGCAAUGGGAGAGCUGCAGCAGAGAAUCAGAGGUGCUCUCUCAGUGGAUCAAUGAGAAAGAGAAGGAACUGGAUGCAGUCAGCUCCACAUCCUCCUCUGAUCCUCUAGAUGCUCACAUUAACACUGUGGAGAUGAUAGGUGAAGGUUUGGAGGAAAGAAGGACGACUCUUGUCCAGAUGGAGGCCGACGUUGAGACCCUGUCCAGAUUCGUGACCCCUGGAGAAGCCAGACAUAUCCGUGUCCAACUCCUACAGACGAGGCAAUGCUGUGACGAGCUGAUGGGGAGGACAGAGCAGGUCGGCUUACAGCUCAACCAGAGCGCCUCCUACAGGCAGAGAUGCAAUGAUAACCUCGAACAGGUAAAGAAAACGAUGGGGGAUCUGAAAGAAAAACUGGACUAUCCAAUCACUUGUACAUCAUCAACUGAGACCUACAAGAUCCUCCAGGAUCACAUGGAGAUCUGCCAGGGUGUUGAGCAGCUGAAACCAAGGCUGAUGGCAUUGUGUUCAGCCUCAAAGAGGCUUGGAGAGGGCAGCCAGCUGGAAGAGGAGGUGGCUGACCUCCAGAAGCAACAGAGAGAGUUAAUUGGAGAGGCUGCAGGAAAGCAAUCCACACUGGAGAGUCUUCUAGCGCUGUGGCAAAGAUAUGAAAAAGAGAGUGCUUCCAUGAAGAGCUGGCUGAUCAGAUGUGAAUCCAUGUGCUGCCCGGAAACCGAAUUACUCUCUGCAGAUAAAGUAAAACUGAGGAAUGAACUCCAAAAUGUGCAGGAAAUGCAGCAGGAGACACCGUCUUAUGAAGCACUCCUCCAGGGUAUUGAAAAUCUCCAGCUGUGUCUCUACACCACAGUGGAUGAAGCUCGACUCCGGGAGCUCAACUAUGACCUUACUCAGCUUCAGGAGAGAUACACUUCUGUGAAUAUGAGUAUAUCACACAGGAGUAAGCUGCUAGAGCUGCACCUGGAUCAGCUGGACCAGUUCGAUCAGGCUCUGCUUACUGUGGCACAAAGGAGUGAAAACUUCCUGUCUGUCCUAAGAAACUCUCCCUAUGUUCACAUCUCAGAUCUUGAGGCUGCAAUCACUGAAGUAAAGGAGCAUGAGGCACAGCUGCAGGAAAACACAUUGUUGAGUCAAACCCUGAAUCAGAAAGAAUCGUCUCUGCUCCAUCGCUCCACUCCAGAGGCUGAACAGCAGCUGCAGGCCUGGACGGAGGAUUGUCUGCAACCCUUCAAUGAGUCCCAGCGUCUUUUGCUCAUCCGUAAGGAGAGCCUGACUAAAUUAAAGACUUUCCUCGCAAAGCGUGAGGCAGCAUCUAAGGCUUUGCACCACCUUAACGAGGCGGUGGAGGGCAGGGGGAGCUGGGACCACGCUAAAGCUGAAGCUCUGCAUUGCGGGAUUGUGGAAGUCUCUAAAGACAUGGCCCGACUUGAGGCAGAGGCUGUUGGGUUGGAUGGGAUGCUGAGCAAGGCACACCUGCACCUGUUAGGUACAGAAUCGACCGGUUCCAAAAACACCAGCGAUCCUCAGAGCAGAACAUCCUGCAGAGGACUGGCGGUGGGCCUCAUGAUGGCUCUGGAGGAGGUGCAGAGGGCUGUUGGAUGGAGGCAAAGUGAAGAGGAUGCUUUAGGGGCGCUGUGGUGCUCUUUCAGAGAAAGGAAAGAAGAAGUGAUGAAGAGUUUGAAGAAACUAGAAGAUGACGCAAGGCGAGAGGAGACAAGAGAGUGCUCUGUACAGGCAUUUCAAAACAGGCUGCGUUUCUUCGUCCAGCUGGAGGAUGAGUUGCAGUCUCUGCAGCACUCCCAGAGAUGGUUAGAGGAGAAGGGGAACCAGCUUGUCCAGCGAGACAGCGAGUUGGCAGCUGAUGCUCUCAGAGAGGUGGCACUGGUGAAGGCAGCCUGGGAAAAUCUGAAUACAACAAUAACAAAUAGUCAGGAGCAGAGCGGCGUUGUGGUCGACCUUCUCCGCUUGUUCCUCCAUCUGAAGUCGAACAUCAUCACUGUUGUGGAAAAUGCCCAGGCUGUUGCCCACAAUCUGCCUGACCACAACCAUAACGCUCAGGACGCCAGAAGUGUUUUCACACAACAUGAAACUGUCCAAGCUGAACUGAGAGAAAAACAAGACGACAUGGACCAGCUCAUCUCCACAGUUGAGGACCUGCAGAGAGAAUUGGAGCGGGUUCCCAACUCGGAUAUGUUUUCUGUCCUGAGUGAAGUGGAAGCUCUCAGGGAUCAGUGGCUGCUGGUCUCAGAGAAAAUCCAGACAAAUACAGAAAGGCUCAGCUACUGCGUAAAACUUUGGGAUGACUUGAAGGCCAUGGAGAACGACAUCAACCAGUGGAUGAGCGGGUCCAUCGCCGAUCUCUCUGACAGCGUUGCCAGACUCAGCGACAAGGAUUCGGCCGAGGCCUGUCUUAUCAUGUUUCAGGUUGAGAUGGAGAAGAGGGAGCAGAUGUUGGAUAUUCUGCAGGAGAGAGUGGCAGAGCUGAAGGAACGAGCCAAACUGCAGGAGACGCCAAUACAAAUGCAGGUUCUGGAGUCGGAUCUGAGGAAGAAAAUGCUCCAUGCGCUGGAGGCGUACAACCAGGCCAAACACACCCUGACCUACUUCGACUUCCAGAAGCAGCGACUUGAUGACCUGAUGUCCCAGAUGACCGAGCGGCUGGAGGUUGUGGAGGGAUCCUUGUCGGACCUCACUGAAGCUGGUUCCCUCGAAGACAUUUGUACGGUGAAGGACCUGCAGAGUGUUGUGCAGCGACAGAGGGCAGACAUGGACUCGGCUAGAGAUGCCCUGACUUCCCUGAGCAGAACGCAUCCGUCUCAGGAGCUUUCAGUCCUCUCCUCUGAUCUCACCUCCAUCGCCAAGCGAACAGAGGUUGUUGCCCAGCGCUGUGCCAAAACCAGAGGCACCCUGCAGGAUGGAUUACAGCUCCACUUCAGUGAGCUUGUCCAAGACUUUAAGUCGUGGCUCACAGAACUGAAGUUGGAGCUGAAAGAUUGUUUUAAUCAAUCAGGAGAUGUCAUCCUCCUUACAGCCAAGUUACAAAGACUGAAGAUCUCAGUUGAGCAGAUGUCAAAGGGUGAAGAGUGUCUCUCUCAGGUUCGUAAAGAAGCCGAGAAACUUCAGGUCCACCUGAGCAAAGUUGGAGCGGCACAGGUCAAAGAAAGUCUUUCCUCCUGUCAGAAAGAGUGGAAGAAUUUCCAGGACAGCUGCUGUCAGAGCCAGCAGGACCUGCAAGAGAGCAUUGAUGUUUUGAAAAAUUUUGAUGAUUGUGUGGCGAAUACACGAGAGUGGCUGAAGAAGAUUGAUCUCGGCCUCAAGAGCGAGCCUGUUGUUGUGACAGAGAGCCAGAGAGGAGCCUCAGAUCCCACAGAUGAGCUGCAGAGAAUAGAGAACUUAAAUCAGGAUCUGAUAGCACAAAGGGAGUCCAUCGAGCGUGUCUGUCAGGAGGCCCAGGCUCUCUCUGAAUCCGGGCGCGGUUCGGGAGGAGAGGUCAGAGUGGCGGGCCAGCUCCAGAUGGAGUACCAAGGCCUCCUGAAGGCAGCCAGGGAGAGACUGCAGGGCUGCCAGGAGAGCCAGGCCUUUGGAGACACCCUCCAGGGAGUUUGGGCCUGGCUGGAGGAGAUCCAAGAGAGACUGGGAACCGUGGACAGCACAAUUGGAACGAAAGAGCAGCUGGAGCAGAGACUGGAGACCGUGCAGGACAUCCUGCUUUUGAAGGGAGAAGGGGAGGUGAAGCUGAAUAUGGUGAUGGGUAAAGCUGAGCUUGCCCUGCGUAGCUACAGAGCUGGUGGACAGGAAGUGGUCCGCUCUCAGCUGCAGGAAGUGGAGGAUGCAUGGGCGACACUGCUGGUUACUGCAAUGAGUUGCCACAGUCGAUUAGAGUGGACUGUGUCUCAGUGGGGGGGAUACCUUGAAAGUGCUGCUCAGCUGCAAAAAUGGAUGGAAGCUGUGAAGAGGGAGGUGUGCGCACCACUCCCACCACAGCCUGGACCCAGAGAGAAGGCCUCCCAGUUGGAGAGACUCAGAGCCCUAAUGGCUGACCUGGAAGACCACCAGAUGGCGCUCUCCAGCCUGGAGGAAAAAGCCAGAGAACUGUUCAAAAAGACUGCUGAUGCCAGCUUUAACCAUGGUGCUCGCACUCAGCUACAGGUGCAGUUUGAUCAUCUCACAGCUUUGGUUGAGGAGAGAGUUCGUCUGGCUCAGGCGGUGGUGUUGGAGCAUCAGGACUACCUGGAAGCUGUUCGGGAGCUCACCGAUUGGCUGAUGUCUGCUGGGAAAGAGCUGCAGCAUUGGUCUGAUACAUCAGGAGACUCCGCCUCCAUCGGGAAAAAACUAUCAGAAGUAAAGGAGCGUGUGAAGUGUCGACUCCUGGAGGGCCGGGAGCGCCUCAGCCGGGUCCGACGCAGCGCAGCGACCACAGCGGAGCACACGGCGGCGGGUGGCUGCGAGGCCAUGGACCGACAGCUGGGGGCGCUGUCACACGCUCUGGAGCAGUGGGAGGGGGCCGCCCUGAGGGCCAGAGACGGCCUGGAGGGAGCCCUGGCCGCCGCCGAAGCUUCGGACGAAGAGUACGACCAUCUGACCGCCUGCCUGGAGGAGCGGCUGAAGGAGUUUGAUGGCUGCCUGAGGGGGUGGAGCCAGGAGCUGGUGAAAGCUGAGGGACGGAGCAGCGGCGAGGAGGCGGUGGAGGGAUGGAAGCUGGCUAAGGAUAUUCUGGAGGGCUUGCAGAGCGCUGAGCCGAUGGCAGAGAAGUUGAAAAGCCAGCUGAACGACCUGGUGCGAUACUCCAGGGACCUGGGCUCACAGUCGGACCGAGUCACGGCAGUCAUCAAACAGCACAACAGUCUCAGCCUCCGUGCAUCCAGGGAGUGUCAAAAUAAGGAGCGCCUGUUGGAGCAGAGGUUCCGUGCAGCGCUGAGAGAUUUCCAACAGUGGCUGGUCAAUGCCAAAAUCAGUACCGCCAAAUGUUUUGAUGUGCCGCAGACUGUCACAGAGGUCUCCACUGCUCUGCAGAGAAUCCAAGAGUUCUUGAGUGACAGGGAGAACGGCCAGGCCAGACUGAGUACAGUAGGAGCCAGCGGGGAGCUCCUGAUGGCCGUCGUGUCCAAAGAUAGAGUGGAGGGGAUCAAGGCCAAGGUGGUUAACGCCCGGGAAGACUGGAAGAGUCUGAUGAACAACCUGCAAAUGAGGGAAGAUGCUCUCAAGAACCUCCAGUCCCAGAUGACGGAGUUUGAAGCCAGUGCUGAGCCUCUGCAGGACUGGCUCAACAGCACAGAGUCCAGAGUCCAGGAGAGCAGCGCCCGACUCCACGACCUUCCAACCAAGAAACACGAGCUCAGCAAACUGCAGUCUGUGCUGGACGAGAUGGCCAGUCGAGAGGUAGAGCUCAGCAAGUUGAGAGAUAAAGCUCAUCAUCUCUGGGAGGGACAAGCAGCUGGCAAGGGUUUCGUCCACAGAGUAUCUCAGCUGUCAGCGCAGUACCUUUCCCUCAGCAACCUAACCAAGGAUAAAGCCUCCAGGAUUGAACGCAUCGUUGGGGAGCAUCAGCUCUUCUCUCAGGGGCUUAAAGAGCUUCAGGACUGGGUGUGUGAAGCACAAAGGGUCAUAAGUACCUGCAAAUCCACAACUACAGUCAAGGGCAUACUGGAGGACCGCAUGUUACAGCUGGAAGCCUUACUUGCUGCCCGCCAGGAACGGGAAAUCCAGCUAAAAAUGCUCUUGACCCGGGGAGAGGCGGUCCAGAGGAACACUUCAGCUGAGGGAGUCCCAGUGAUUCGCAAACAGAUCCAAGACCUGAAGGACUCGUGGGACUCUUUGCUUUCUGCCUCAAUUCAGUGUAAAAGUCAGCUGGAAGGCUCUCUGUCACAGUGGACCAGCUAUCAGGAGGAUGUGGAGCAGUUUGUGCAGUGGAUGGAUCGAGUGGAAGAAACUCUGAGCGGCUCAGACAGACAAUACUCAGAGAUGAGAGAUAAAACGGCCAACUUGGGAAAAACAAAGCUUCUCUAUGAGGAGGUUUUGAGUCAUAGCAGCCCUCUGGAGACCAUCGCCACAAAAGGCUCCAACAUGACAGAACACUACACAACUCAGCAGGAGGUUCAACAGCUGCAGAGUAGAUACAACGCUCUAAAAGAAAAAGCUAAGAAUGCUGUUAGUAAGGCCAAGGAGCUGGUUAUGGUCCAUCAGGAAUAUCAGCGAGGACUGCAUGUGUUUGAAGACUGGCUGGAGCAGGAACAGGCAUCUCUGGCUUUGCUGUCUCAUCCAGAAGGAAACGUGGAUACACUUGAAAAAACACUGCAGCAGCUUCAGAGCUUGCAGGAAAGCUGCUUAAAGGGUCAGUCUUUGCUGGCUUCGGUGCUGACCAGCAGAGAGAGAGUGAUCCCCUGGGGAGUCCCUCAGAUUGAAGACCGAGCUCUGGACACCGCAAAGCGAGAAUGGGCAUCCUACCAGAGCCGCCUGGAGGAGACGCGGGCCCAGCUGCACUCUGCGCUGACCAGACUGAGGCAGAUGGGUCACAGGUUCCUGAACCUGGCUCAGUGGCUGGAGGACACGGAGAAGAUGGCAAGCAUCAGAAACAACCGGAGGUCGGACAGAAACACCAAGCAGAGUCAGCUCAAGAAACUCCAGGGGUAUCUUGAGGGGGUGCUGGCGCGGCAGGGAGAAGUCGAUGGCCUCUCAUCUCUGGCCCAGCAGGUUCUGGAGGAAACCUACAUCAGUAGUCGCAUCAGUGUGACUGCCACCCAGCUGACCGCGCGCUAUCACUCCCUCCUGCUCAGCAUCCAGGAUAUGAUCAAGCAGCUGCAGGAGGAGCUGAAGAGCAUGGACGAGGCAGAAAGCCUCUGCAUGUCAUUCAGUGAGUGGCUUGGCUCAACUCAGAAAAGCUUCACAACGCUGACGGACCGCUCUGAGCCGCUUGACCGGCAAGCCAUGGAGAGAAAGAUGAAGAAAUUAGAGAACCUGCAGUCUGAUCUUCAGCAUGGCCACAAUCUCCUGAAAUCCCUGAGGGAGCGCGCAGAGCAGGCAGCAGGCUUCCUGGACGAGGCUGGAGCUGAAAGUUUAGGAGCAGAAGUUGAAGCUCGUCUUGCCCAGCUGGAAGAGCUCGCCGGGGGACUGAGGCAAGAGCGCAGCUUCCUGGAGAGAGCGUUGCUGCUUGCAAAGGAGUUCCAGGACCGGUACAAGGCUCAGGUCCAGUGGCUCGUGGAGACGAGGGCUCUGCUCGGCACGCCAGUGGAGCCCAAGGCUGAACUCUACCAGCGCAGAGCUCAGCUGACGAAGUAUAAGGCUCUCUUACAGAUGGUUCAGUCCCAUGAUGGAUCCAUCAGGUCUGUGAUGGAGAAGGGAGAUGCUCUCCUGGCUUCUGUCCACUAUCCCUCCAUCAGAGACAAAAUGCACAGAAUACAAAAGGACUACACAGCUCUCUGCAAAGCUGCAAUGGCUCACGUGGAGAAUCUGGAAGGCCAGGUGAAGGAACAGGAAGCUUACCACAACGAGCUGCAGGAAGUGGAGCGCUGGCUGCUGCAGAUGUCCAGCAGGAUGGUGACUCCAGAUCCAAGCGUGAGCGUCAGCCUGGAAGGAGCGACUCAACAGCUGGCGAGGCACAAGGCCACCAUGGAGGAGAUUGCAGGUUUUGAAGAACGUCUGACAGCUCUAAAAGAACAAGGAGAGGGCCUAGUGCAAGGCUGCAGCGAUCGCGUGCAGAGCCGACUGAGACAGCAGGUCCAGACUCACCAACAAGGCAUCAGAGACAGCUACUCCGCCAUCUGCAGCACCGCGCAGAGGGUAUACCAGAGCCUGGACCAUGAGCUGCAGAGACAUGUCAGUCUGCAGGACACGCUGCAGCAGUGCCAGACCUGGCUAAACUCUGUUUCAGAAAAACUAGACCCUCCUCCACAAUCAUCUCUCAGCCUCGAGGAAGCUCUUCAGCAGGUGAAGCAGGAGCGAGCUCUUCAGGAGCAGGCCAGCACGUACCUACAGCUUGUGUGUUCAGCGUGUGACCUGUCUGAGCCCAGGGUCAGGGAGGCUGCUGCAGCCAUCCAGCAGAUCAAACUGCAGAUCGAGGAGCGAAUGCUUCUUUGUGAAGAAAUGGCAGACAACUGGAGGGAGAUCGAGGAGCAGAAGACGGAUUUAGAGACCCAGCUCAGAGAGACAGAGCAGCAGCUUCAGAGCUUGAUCAGGAGACCUGCAGAGUUGGAGCCAAAGAUUGCACAAAACCAGCUGGACAAGGCACAGGAGUUUCUACAGCAGAUUAGAGAGAAACAGUCUGAAGCAGCUCGUUUGAGUGAAGCCAUCGGCAGGUUGACUGGGGGACAGUUCUCUCCUGCGCUGGAGGAGAUAAAGAGAGUAAAAAGAGGCUGGAUAGAGCUGGGCCAGCAGGCUGAAGAGCUGGAGGCGCAGCGAGGGGAGGACAUGCAGAGAAGUGGAGAGUACCAGGAGAGUGUUGCUGCUGUGGAAGAACUUUUCCAUCAAGUCUCCAGAGAGUGGGACUAUCUCGCCAGGGCUGACACUGAGAGCACUAGUGAGCAUCUAGAGGCUCUAAGGAAACUGGCCAGUGACCUAGAUGAACAGAAAGAAACUCUAGAAGACCUCAGGGACCAGAGACUAGCCAUCCUGCCUCGACUAAGUCUGCUAGACAAGGAGCUGGUCAAACAGCAGGUGGGUCAUCUGGAGAAUCGCUGGGCCCAGCUGGAAAGCCUGAUUCUGCAGAAGAUUCAGGACUCUGCUCAGACUCUGGAGGAUCUCUCCCGGGUUGAGGCCCAGCUGAGAGAUGCCAGAGAGUGGGUGGAAGAACAGCGACCCGCUCUCACCUCUGCGCUGAGAGCCAGUCCACCUCCAGACCUGGCCCAGAGUUUCCUGUUUGACCACCUGAGUGUUUGUGUAGAACUGGAGGCCCGUCAGCAGCUGCUCGGUCAGGCGGUGAACGAAGCACAGGCUGUGGCCUCCAGGCUCGGGCUGAGUGAGAAGAAAUGCUUACAGGAGCUUGUUGAGCAAGCCCAGAUGGAGGUGGAAGUUCUCGGCACUCGGGUUGCACAAAGGAGGAAGUACCUGAGUAAGGCUUUCACAGAGAGAACGCAGUUCCUUCAAGGAGUGGGGAGAGCUUUGUCGUGGGUAAAGCAGCAGGAAAGGAAAGCUUUAUUAGAAGACCACAUUUCUCUUCUUCCGGAGGAUUUGACCAAACAGGUUGCUGCAUGUCGGAGCGUCCAGAGCAGCUUACGGGCUUACCAGAGAGAGUUGGCUUUGCUCUGGGUUCAAGGGCGAGAGUUGGAGAGAGACGCAAGCGACAAAGAAAGAGUGGAAACACUGGCGAGACUCGAGGAGCUACAGUCAGCCUUUGAAACGGCACUCCAGAGGACUACCCAGCAUCUCGCAGGCUUGGAAAAAGCCUUGACUUCAAGGAAGUACUUCCAGAUUGACCUGGACAAAACCUGCCACUGGCUGAGACGAGCAGAAGUCAUAACAUUCCCUGAAAUCAACUUCAACAGUGUGGAAGAGAGCUCAGAUUUGCUAAAUCACAUGUCUAACUAUCAAAGUGUUUUAGAGCAAGCUUCAGAGUAUGAGAACCUCCUUCUCAUCGUCCAAAGAAUCGGUCAGGAAAUCCUCCCUACUCUGAACGAGGUCGACCAUUGCUACCUGGAUGAGCGGCUCAAUGCUCUGCCUCAGCAGUAUAACGCCAUCCUAGCUCUUGCCAAAGAGAAGAAAGACAGGGUCCAGCAGAUUAUCCAAGAGAGAAAAGAGUUCAGCACUUUGUUUGAAAUCACUCGCAAUGCGCUGGAGGAACACCAAGAGCAAUUUGACAAUCUUGAGAAGCAGACUAUCAACAUGACAGAGGAGAACGGUGUCCGUUUGAUAAAUGAAUAUAAAACUAUUGAUGAAAGUUUGGUUCAUCUCGGUCCUGCUGUCGGAGAACUUCACGGGAAAAGCCAAGGCUUUUUAAUCAGGUGUUCCCAAAGUAAAACAGAGGAGAUGCAGCAGCUGGUUGUUCUCCAUAGCAAACUGAAAAAAAAGAAUUACCAGAAAACGAAACACUUAAGCGACUGCUUGAAAAAAGUAGAUGAACACAACAGGGUGGUGUCCAAACUAAACUCAGAGAUUCACUCUGUUAAAGAGGGGCUGCUCAGAGUAAAGUCAAAUAAAGAAUUGAGUUCUUUAGAUAAAAUAGCGAAUCUUUAUCUGCUGCUGGGAAGUUUAGAAGGAGUGAGAUCUCAGGUAGAAGAAAGUUAUACACACACAAAAAACCUUGAUCUAAAGUUUGACACUGCUUCUUUCCAGGAAACUAAACUGCAGCUGAAAUUGUUGCAGUCAUUACAGAGUGAUAUUAAGUCUUUAAUUAAAGAAAGUGAAACCAGAGUCACAAAGAAAGAGAAUUUCUCAAAAGAGGCUGAGAGGAUCUUGGACUGGCUGAAGGCCGUAGAGAAAAAACUGAAGGAGCCUUUGAUCAUUUCCGAGGUCAAAGCUGAGAGGAUAAAUGAAGAGAAGCAGAAACUUAACAUCACUGAGGAGGAAGUGAGGAGCAGACUGAAGUUGAUCGAUGUCUUGGGUGUAAGAGAAAGGCAAAAGUGUGAAAGUAAGAGAGAAGCAGUUUCUGUGAAGAUAGAAGAAAAAGUACAGGAGCUCGAGAAAGUGGGAGAAAAGGUUCAACAAGAAGUUUGUGCUAAACAGCUGGCAUUGGAUCAAGCUCUCAGUCUGGUCCAGAGGCACUGCUUAUCUCUGCAGUCCAUGCGUGAAUGGCUGGACAAUGUUUCCACUUUGCUCCAUGAGACCAGAUCUGGGGUGGAGAUCGAAAACCGUAAAGACUGCAUGCAAAAUCUGGAAGACAUUUUAGCCCAGGAGAAUAACUUUACAACUUCUGCAGAGGAGAUAAGGACCCUGGAUCCUCUGCUGGUCGAUUUUGUGGAGGCAGGAGAGUUGAAACAGAUCAGGACAAAGAUUCAGUCGAUGCAGCAGAUGAAGGAAGAAGUCACACAGCAAGUGGAGGUUUACAGAGAAGUGCUGCAGAGGUGUGAUGCAUUAUGGAGCUCGUUUCAACACUCAAAAGAGAUGCUGGUUGAACAGAUGGAUGAUUUAGAAAACAAAAUAUCUCAAUUCACAACAGCCAAAGCUCUCAGUGUCCAUGAAGCAGAGGAUAAGUGUCGAAGACAGGAGUCUCUUGUGACUCAGAUUGACGUGCUGGAGCUGCCUUUGAGUGCUUUGAAGGAGAGUGCUGGAGAGCUGGAUCGAAUCAUGUCUGAGUCCAGCAAAGUUCUCACCCGUCACACUGUGUUGUCGCUAUGGCAACGGUGGACACGGUUCCGUAGCGUGGCCAGAGCCCAGGAGAGGGCGCUGGAGGACGCUGCCAGGGAAUGGAGGAACUUCAUCGAAAAGAUGGAGAAGGUGAGCUCCGUAUCCAAAGACCUCCACAGUCGUGUGCCAGACAGCACCGUCGAAAAGGCCGCCACCAGGGCGGCGCUGCAGAGCCUGCUGGAAUACCACGACUCCUUCAGCCAAGAGGUGGAGAGGGAGCAGUCCACCCUGGCCCUGUUGGUGCAACAAACCCAUUGUCUUAGAGGAGAGGCCGAGAAGGAGGUGGAGAAGAAGAUGGAGAACGGACGUGAAGACACGCCAUGUCUACAGAAGAUCAGACGCAUGCAGGAACAAUAUGAUAGCCUGUUGUUGCAGGUGCGAUCCAGCAGAACUCAGGUGCACCAGGAGCUGAGGGAGAGAGAAGAGGUAGAGAAGGAGCUUGGCCUAGUCAAAGGCUGGAUCCAAGACACCCGGGGCUUAUUGCUGAGUCCCACUGCAGACCUAGACUCACUUCUGCAUGAGCUUGAGACUGCACACGGUGAGGUCAUCAGCAGGCGUCAAAGUGUGGAGCGCAUGACGGAGCUGCAGCAGUCCAAAUAUCAGGACCUGCAAGCUGGUCUGCCCUCUGAGCUCAGCAUGCAGCUAGCUGAGGUUGCUCUUGCUUUGGGUUCUGCUGAAGAUCAGGUUCAGGCAAGGGAGAGGGAAGUGCAGCAGACCAGGGAUGUGAAAGAGGACUUCAGCUACAGACUUCAGGACAUUGAGAAAAAGCUGAAGACCAUCACAAUAAAACUAGUAGAAAAGAGCGUCGACCUGGAUGAGGCCAAGGAAGAGACCAAAGCUCUUUGUGAAGAGUGUGAAUCCUGUGGUGGCUCUCUGGCAGAGUUAGGCGUUGCUGUACAGGAGUUUGGAGAGCAGAACCCGCUGCUGAGUAAGCAGCUCGCCGAUGCUGUGGUGAAACUAACAGAGCUGCAGCGUCAAACUGCACAGCAGGCUCAGGACAAAGUCAACAGACUCAAGAAGGCUGAGAAACCUGUGGAGGAAUAUCACAGCAUGAAGGCUUUCAUCUUGGCCUGGAUAGAAAAAGCAGAAGAUCUGGUCUCUGGUAACAUCGUCUGGAGCUCUGCGACCCAGCUGCAGGAGCAAAUUCGUUCCCACCAGGCGUUGCUGAGGGAGUGUCGCGGUCUCCAUGGCGACUUGGAGGCGAUGGCGGAGAGGGAGGGGCAGCUGGUGGACGUGUUGCACAUGGAGGGUUGGAGCCAGCAGGUGAAACACCUCAGCAGACGUACAGAGGAGCUGCAGCAGUCGGCCAAGACCCGCUUCCAGAGUCUACAGGAUGCAGCUAAAGACAUGCUGCGUCUCGAGGCGGAGGUGAAGAGCCUGCAUGCCGCUGUUGAUCAGAUCCAGGUCGCACUCGCUUCUCCUGAUCUCAACAAGCUCAGCCUCAGGGAGCAGCUCACACAGCGACAGCUUCUCCUGGUGGAUAUGGAGAGCUUUAAGCAGCAGGUGGCUUCAGUACAGCAGUGUCAGAGCGCCCUCCGGCUACCUGAGGAGGUAGUGGCCAGUCUGCCCGUCUGCCGCACAGCUCAGUCUCUGCAGCAAGAGGCCAGCCAGCUGCAGCACACAACCAUCCAGCAGUGUAACAUCCUACAGGAGGCGGUGGUUCAGUAUGAGCAGUAUGAACUGGAAGUCAGGAACCUCCAGAGAUUAAUCGAGGAUGCUCAUCGCCUCAUUCAGGACAGACCCGUUUCCACCAACAACAUCCAGGAGCUUCAGGCUCAGAUUCACCACCAUGAGGAGCUUACCCAAAAGAUCCGUGGCUACCAGGAGCAGAUCGCCUCGCUCCACUCCAAGUGCAAGAUGCUGACUGUGAAGGCCAAGCACGCCACCAUGCUCCUGACCGUCACCGAGGUGGAGGGCCUGUCGGACGGCAUGGAGGAGCUGAGCGACGAGGAGCUGGCCGGCGUCGUGGGAAACGCCGGCUCAGCUGCUAGCAAGCAGCUUCCAGCCCACCCCUCUGUUGUUAUGAUGACAGCCGGGCGCUGCCACACUCUCCUCUCCCCCGUGACAGAGGAGUCAGGGGAGGAGGGCACCAACAGCGAGGUCUCCUCUCCCCCUGCCUGCCGCUCCCCCUCUCCGGGGGCUAACGCUGCUGACAUUCCUCUUAACCAGGGUCGGAGUGCUUUAAGCAGAGCGCCGCUCCAGGAGCUGUACGACCCAUCAAUGGAGACGAGUGCUGCUAACUUGGAUGACCUGCAGAGAUCCUGGGAAACUCUCAAGAAUGUGAUAAGUGAGAAGCAGAAAAGCCUGUAUGAAGCCCUGGAGAGGCAGCAACACUAUCAGGAAUCCCUCCAGUCCAUUUCCACCAAGAUGGAGUCCAUCGAAGGGGCCCUGAACGAGGGCCUGGAACCCAACAAGACCCCUGAGAGCCAAAUGGCAGCCCACCAGGCUCUCAUGGAUGAGAUCCUGAUGCUGCAGGAUGAGAUCGGUGAGCUGCAGGCUUGUUUCUCUGAAGAACUGGCAGACGACAGCGAUGGGAAGGCUGGGGACCAAAUGGCGCUGCGCUCCACUCUAACCGUACUGGGAGAAAGGAUGGCCACUAUUCGCAUGAAGGCGUCUGGAAAACGGCAGCUCUUAGAGGAGAAACUGAGCGAACAACUCGAGGAGCAGCGACAGGAGCAGGCGCUGCAGCGGUACCACAGCGAGGCGGAAGAGCUGGACCACUGGCUGCUCAGCACUCGGGCCACUCUCAGCUCUGCUCUUCAGCCCCAAAAUGAAGACAUGGACAUGGAGGAGCAGCUCAUCGACUGUCAGAACAUGCUCUUUGAGAUCGAGCAGAAAGUUUCCUACCUCUCAGAGCUGUCCGUCCACAGCGAAAGCUUGCUGCUGGAGGGUCGCGCCGAAACCAAGGAAGAGGCCGAACAGCUGACCCUCAAACUGCACUCCCUCAAAGACAGCCUGCUGGAGCUGCAGCAGAUGCUGCAGGACAAACAGGUUGAUAUACAGGGAUCAUUACAGGAGCAGGAGGACAGUGAGCCAGACUCCUCUCUGUCGCAGAGUCCAAAUGUCCAGGAUUGGUUGUCUCAGGCCCGCUCAACACGCUGCCAGCAGCACCACGACAAUCUGCUGAGACAGAAGGAGCUGCAGAAGCAAGUGGAGGAGCAGAGGAAGCUGCUGCAGUGUGUAGCCAGCGUCGGGGAAGAGUUACUCAGUCAGCAUGGGACAACUAAUGGGGACAGUGAGGAGGCUGUCCCCGGCGGAGUGCUGCUGGAGUCUGAAAGCUUCUCUCCUCUGGACCAGCUGAGACAAAGAUGGGAAAACCUGAAUAAAGAUCAGAGCACAAAGCUGCAGCUCUCUCUCAACACCCUAGAAAAAGACCAGCUCAGUCCGGUUCUUCACCGGUCCCGUCUGUCCAGUCCAAAUGUAGCUCUGAGGACUGAGGCUCCCAACCAGGACCCUGGUUCUCCCAGAGCGUUGUUUGAAACCUGCUGCCAAACUCUAGAAAGAAUAAAAGAAGAGGCAGCAGGUGGUGACGGUAAGCUGGCAGCAUCAUUUGGAUCAGAAAGAGUCCAGCAGGAUCUGUAUGCUGCAGUAUCUGCAGCCUCCACCUGGUUGGAUUCAGCAGAGAAUCAACUGUUUUCUGGUCCCGUUUUGCUUUCUGAGGAUACAGAGACUCAACUUACAAACCUGGAGACUCUGAGCAAGCAGCUAAAAGAGAUAACAAGACAGGUGAACCAGAGCAGAGAUCUGCUGGGAGGAGAAGUCAGCCGACUGUGUGGAGGAGAAGAGCGGGCCCUGAUGGAGGACACAUUGGAGGGCCUCCAGGAGCGGAUGGGCCUGCUGGACUCCGCUCUUGAACAGCAUUGUGAAGGCAUGAGAGACUCGCUGCAGGAACACUCUACUUUCCAGAAUGAGCUAAGAAUUUUGUUCACAGCCCUGACUGAAAGCAAACAUCACUUACUACAAAAGAUGGUCGGAACAACAGACAGACCUGCAUCCAAACAGUUAGAGACAUUGUCUGAGGUGGAGGACAGCCUCAGAGAGCUUGAGCAGAAAGUCACAGAGCUGAGGAGCAAAGCAGAAGGACUCAGAUCAGACCAAACCUCCAACCAGGAGCUGCUAAAACUACAAGAUGCCUAUGAGGAGCUGGUGCUCAUGGUGGGCUCCAGGCGCAGCAGCCUGAACCACAGCCUGUCUCUGAAGGCUCAGUAUGAAGCUGCGUUCCGUGAUCUCACCGACCUGAUCGACACCGCUCAGGACAAGAUGGCUGCCGACCAGAAGAUGACCGUCGCUUCUGUCAGCAAGGUCCAGAUGUUGCUCGACAAACACAAAGAGUUUUUUCAGGGACUGGAGUGCCACAUGAUCCUCACCCAGACACUUUAUGGAAAAGUCUCCAGUCUGGUUGCACAGAGGGAAAGCCAAGCCCUGGAGGACACCAUGACUUUAGCUCACAAUGUGCUGAAACAAGCACACAGGAGGGGAGUGGAGCUAGAGGGCAUUUUGGAGUCCUGGAGCAGACUAAUGGAAGAUUAUAAGGCUUUGUGCAGACAGUUGGAGGCUGUCGAGUGUAGCAUCCCCACUCUGGGUCUUGUUGAGGAGACGGAGGAGAGGCUUCUUGAGAGAAUCAGUCUCUAUCAGCGUCUGAAGGCGAGCCUCACAGAACAUCAGCCCCAACUGUACCAGGUUCUGGAGGAGGGAAAGAGGCUUCUCCUGUCCGUCAGCUGCUCAGACCUGGAGAACCAGCUCACACAGCUGGGCGACCACUGGCUCUCCUCCACCACGAAAGUCAACAAAGAACUGCAUCGACUCGACUCAACGCUCAAGCACUGGAGCAGGUACCAGAGUGAAUCAGCAGAGCUGAGGCACUGGCUGCAGUCUGCACUCGACAGGCUGGAGUUCUGGACAACCCAGUCGGUGACGGUCCCUCAGGAGCUGGAGACGGUCAGAGACCACCUCUCUGCCUUCCUGGAGUUUUCAAAAGAGGUGGAUGCCAAGUCGUCGUUGCGGUCGUCCGUGCUGAGCACAGGAAACCAGCUUCUGCGACUGAAAAGAGUCGACACUGCUGGCCUGAGGACGGCCAUGGGCCAGGUGGACACCCAGUGGGCUGAGCUGCUCACUCGUAUUCCAGUAGUGCAAGAGAAACUGCAUCAGUUGCAAAUGGAAAAGCUUGCAUCAAGACACGCUAUCACAGAACUGAUGAGCUGGAUCACCCUGAUGGAGACCAUCAUAGAGGAAGAUCAGGACAAGAUAAUGGCAGCUGUCGGUUCAGACAUGGUCCAGAACUUCUUACAGAAGUACAAGGGUUUUGGAAUAGAUCUGACCUGUAAGCAACUGACAGUCGACUUUGUAAACCAGUCGGUGUUGCAGAUCAGCAGUCAGGACGUAGAAGGGAAGCGCAGUGACAAGACAGACUUUGCUGAGAAGUUGGGAGCUAUGAACAGACGAUGGCAGAUACUGCAGGGGCUCAUCGCUGAAAAGAUUCAGAUAUUGGAAGGACUUUUGGAAAGUUGGUUAGAGCAUGAGAAUGGAGUUCAGGCUUUGAAAACCUGGCUCACACUUCAGGAGGAGAAGUUAAAGAAGAAACCGCAGAUAGAGGAUGUUACAUCAGUGCAGAACGCACUCAAAGACUGUCAGGAGUGGGAGCAAUUAGUGAAAGAAAAAGAGAAGGAUGUAGAGAAAGCGGAGGAAAGAGGAAACGCUCUGAUCCAGGAUAAGAAAGGAGACGCCUGUUCCGUUGUGAAGGAAACCCUUAAAGGACUGAACCAGACCUGGGCUCAUUUGGACCACAUGAUUAGUCAGAUAAAGGUAAAUUUGCGGUCAGUUCUGGAGCAGUGGAUUCUGUACCGACGAGCUUCAGAAGAGAUUAAUGGUUAUCUGAUGGAGGGGAGAUACUCUGUCUCCAGGCUGCACCUCCUUAAUGGCUCUUUAGAGGCAGUGCAGCAGCAGGUGGAAAGUCUAGAGAAUUUGCAAGAGGAGUUGGAUAAACAAGAGAGCAGUUUGAGAAAGUUUGGCUCCAUAACGCACCAGCUGCUGACCGAGAGUCACCCAUCUGUGGCUGAAACGCUCAACAGAGCCCUCCAGGAUGUUAAUGCCAGGUGGAAUCAUCUACUUGAGCAGAUCUCUGAGCAGCUGAGGAGCAGCAAGUCCUUGCUGGGUCUGUGGCAGCGUUACAGGUCAGCGUACAGUCAGUGUGUCAAGGCGGUCCAGAAACAGGAGGAACGUGCAGAUCGUCUGCUGAGGAGCGCCACCGACAGAGAAAUCACAGAGGAGGAGAGCAGCGCCUGGAUAAAGGACUGCAACGAUUGCCUCAAAGACCAAGACUCGGUGCAGCAGUCCCUCCAGCAGCUGCAGGCUAUAGAGGAGCAGCUGAAGAGCCAAGUCGACGCCUCCUCCUCUGCAUCGCUCAAAUCUGAUCAUCUGCAGCUCUCUCAUCGCCUGGCUGCGCUAGAGCACGCCCUCAACAGGCAGCAAGAAGUACUGCAGUGCGACUCCCAAGCCUGCGAGGGCUUCAGAGAGCAGCUGGACGCAUUGAUAUGUAAGGCGAAAGAGGCGGAGGAGGUGCUGAAGGAGUCUGACCCAGUCGGUUCACCGGACCUCACUGUGGUGCAGACAUGCAUAGAAAGACUCAAGGCACAGCUCCUGAAGCUGAGCAGCCUGUCUCCAGACCUGGAGCGUCUCAAUGAGUUGGUGUACCGACUACCAGUCAGUGACAGAGAUGUUAAACGGGUUCAGAAUCUCAAUAGAACCUGGACCGCUCACUCUGCUCACCUCACAGAGAGGUUCAGUAAACUGCAGUCGGUGUUGCUACAGCAGCAGAGUUUCCUCCAGAAAUGCGAAGCCUGGAUGGAUUUCCUCUCUCAGACUGAGCAGAAACUGGCUGCAGAGAUUUCAGGAAACUACCUGAGUCUGUUGGAGCAACAGAGAGACCACGAAUUGUUUCAGGCAGAGAUGUUCAGCAGGCAGCAGAUCCUUUACUCCAUCAUCAGCGACGGCCAUCGGCUGCUGGACUUGGGUCAAGUGGAUGACAGUGACGACUUUAGCGUGAAACUGGCUCUGCUGAGCAACCAGUGGCAGUGUGUGGUGCGCCGGGCUCAGCAGCGGAGAGGCAUCAUCGACAGUCUGGUGCGACAGUGGCAGAACUACCAGGAGAUGUCAGAGAAGCUGCGGCGGUGGCUGCAGGAAGUGACUCGCGAUCCUGACGUACAUCAGUCAGGAGAACCGGUGGCCCUGCAGGAGGCCCGAAGCCUCCUGGGUCAGAUACAACUCAGGGAGCGAGUGCUUCAGAGGCAGCAAGGCGUCUACAUCCUGACAGUGGAGGCCGGCAGGAGCCUGCUGCUGUCAGCUGACGUCAGGGCGGAGUCCACUCUGCAGACGGAGCUCAUGGAGAUCCAUGACAGGUGGAAGCAUGCUCACGACCGCCUAAAUGAGCAGAAGAAGGAGCUGCAUGCCUUGCUUAAGAACUGGGAGCUAUGCGAGAAGGGCAUCGAUGUGUCACUGGAGAAGCUGCGGGCCUUUAAGAGAAAGCUGUCGGUGGCGCUCCCGGAGCAUCAUGAGGAACUGCACUCCGAGCAAAUCAGGUGCAAGGAGCUGGAGAGCAGCGUGGAGGGAUGGACUGAUGACCUUACUUCCUUGUUCAGGCUGAGGGAUUCCUUGGAGGGUCUGGUCAGUUCUGAUGAUGUCACAGUCUUACAGGAACGCCUGCAGCUGCUGUGGCGUCAGUGGGAGGAAGUUUGCCAUCAGCUUUCCCUGCGCAGGCAGCAGGUGAGCGAGAAGUUGAAUGAGUGGGCCAUUUUCAAUGAGAAGAACAAGGAGCUGUGUGAGUGGCUCACACAGAUGGAGAGCAAAGUCUCUCAGAAUGGAGACAUCAGUAUUGAAGAAAUGAUUGAAAAGCUGCGCAAGGACUACCAAGAGGAGAUCAGCGUCGCUCAGGAAAACAAGCAGCAGCUACAGAUGAUGGGCGAGCGCCUGGCCAGAGCCAGUCAGGACAGCAAGGCGGCUGAGAUCCAGCACAAACUCAGCAAAGUCAGCGAGCGCUGGCAGCACCUGCUGGACCUUAUUGCAGCCCGGGUGAAAAAGCUGCGAGAGACCCUGGUGGCGGUGCAGCAGCUGGACAAAAACAUGAGCAGCCUUAGAUCCUGGCUCUCCCACAUCGAGACGGAUCUCUCCAGGCCGAUCGUCUACAAAACCUGCGACAAGCAGGAGAUCCAAAGGAAACUCAACCAACAGCAGGACCUGCAGCGGGACAUAGAGAAACACAGCACAGGCGUGGCAUCAGUGUUGAACCUGUGUGAAGUCCUGCUGCACGACUGCGACGCCUGCUCCACAGAAACGGAGUGUGACUCCAUCCAGCAGGCGACCAGAGGCCUCGACAGACGCUGGAGGAACAUCUGUGCCAUGUCCAUGGAGAGGAGACUCAAGAUUGAGGAGACGUGGAGGCUGUGGCAGAAGUUUCUGGAUGAUUACUCCAGGUUUGAGGAUUGGUUAAAGACGUCAGAGAAAACGGCAGCGCUGCCCAACUCUUCUGGUGUUCUUUAUACUGUUGCUAAGGAGGAGCUGAAGAAGUUUGAGGCGUUCCAACGCCAGGUGCAGGAAUGUCUGACCCAGCUGGAGCUCAUCAACAAGCAGUAUCGUCGCCUGGCCCGGGAGAACCGCACAGACUCCUCCCACCGUCUCAGAGAAAUGGUGCAUGAUGGGAACAGGCGAUGGGAUAACUUGCAGAAAAGAGUGGCUGCCAUCCUCCGCAGACUUAAGCAUUUCAUCAGCCAGCGGGAGGAGUUUGAGACGGCGCGGGACAGCAUCCUGGUGUGGCUCACUGAGAUGGACCUCCAGUUGACCAACAUCGAGCAUUUCUCCGAGUGUGACGUUCAAGCCAAAAUCAAACAGCUCAGAGCGUUCCAGCAGGAGAUUUAUCUGAACACGGCGAAGAUCGAGCUGGUGUUUCGGCAGGGCGAAGCGCUCAUCGAGAAGAGUGAACCUCUGGACGCUGCCGUCAUUGAGGAGGAGCUGGAGGAGCUGCAGAGAUACUGCCAGGAAGUGUUCGGACGAGUGGACCGAUAUUACAAGAAGCUUACCAGACUUCCUCUGGCGGAUGAUGAGCUCGACGGCUCAGACAGAGAGCUGGACGUGGAGGAAAGCGGAGACCUCUCUGAUCUGCAGUGGGGGAGCGCCCAGUCCCAGUCGGCCAUCAAGCGCCUCCAGCCGAGACGCAGCGUGGACUCCAUCCCGCUAGAGUGGGACCACGACUACGACCUCAGCAGAGACCUGGAGAGCCCUGGAGGGCGGGGAAAUGCGGAGCGGAGCCGAGGCCGGCCAGAGGAGGAUGAAUAUCUGAGGACAAGCAGCACAGUGCUGUCAGGUGAGCCUGGACAGCUGGAGGCCAGUCUGCGACAGCUGGACCAGGCUCUGGAUGCAGGGCGCUACCACCUGCAGCAGAGAGAGGCGUCCGCCAGCCGCUCCAGCCCAGACAUGGACUCCACGUACAUGGGCUACAUGCGUCUGAUGGGGGAGUGUCGCGGCAGCAUAGACGCCGUGAAAAGAGCAGAAGGAGAGCUGACUGAGGACGAGGACGACAUGCCAGGACUCACCAACCCGACCAGCACAGAGACGCAGAGCACAGGCGUGAUUGAGCGCUGGGAGCUGAUCCAGGCUCAGUCGCUGAGCGAGAAGCACAGACAGAAACAGAACCUGCAGCAGUGGCAGCAGCUGAUCUCAGAUCUGCAGACCAUGCGGGCCUGGUUGGGUCAGUCAGAGGCGGAGCUGAACCGACUGCGUGGGCUGGACGUCAGCACCAACAUCCACACCAUCCAGCAGAGGAUCAAGAAGCUCAAGGAUCUCCAGAAAGGCGUGGAUGCUCACAAGUCAGAGGUUCUCUCCAUAAACCUAAGCAGUGCAGACUUCCUCCAGUCGGAGCCCGACUCGGAGGAGGCCUGGGAACUGAGGGACCUGCUGAAGGAGAUGAACUCGCGCUGGGAUCGGCUCAGCGCCUCGCUCGAAGACUGGAGAGAGGAGCUGCAGAGGGCGCUGAUGCAGUGCCAGGAGUUCCACGAGACGAGCCAUGGUCUGCUGCUGUGGUUGGAGAACAUCGACCGCAGGAGGAACGAGGUGGUGCCCGUCUCUCAGAACGCUGAUUAUGAAACAUUACGACAUCAUCACAAAACACUGAUGCAAAUCAAAUGUGAGCUGCUGGAUUCGCAGCAGAAAGCUUCUUUCCUCCAGGAGCUGUCCACUCAGCUGCUGGUCAACACCAGGCCGCCGACGCUGCAGAAGCCGGAUCAGAACCAGUCCCAGAGCAGCGAGUGUCUGGAGGCCCGGGAAAAGGUCCAUGUCAUCUGGAACCGGCUGAGACUCCUGCAGAGGGAGGUCAGCUCCGACAUGGAGCUGCUGGAGAAGAGACUGGAGGCCACAGAUGCUCAGCAGGAUUACCUGUCAGGACCUUCUAGAAAAUCCCAAAUCCGAGGAUCUGCUAGUCCCAGAGCGGACAAGGCCGUUCAAAGGCGAAGGCAAUCGCCUCGAAGCAAAAGUAGUCAGGCCCACCCAGGACACGCUGAGAGCGGCCCGCGCCACAGCCGGAGCAGAUCGCCAGGCGCCGCUGGCUGCGUUUCCUCCCGUUCUGACCUCACAGACGGCGUCCCUUCUCAGUCCUCCUCCUCCUCCUCCUCAAACUACCAGUCCUUCCUGCUGCGGGUCUUCAGGGCCGCGCUCCCCGUCCAGCUGCUCCUGCUGCUCCUCAUCGGCCUGGCCUGUCUUGUUCCCAUGACAGAGGAGGACUACAGCUGCCACCAUGCCAACAACUUUGCCCGCUCCUUCCAUCCGAUGCUGCGCUACACCAACGGACCGCCGCCCAUAUGAGGAGCAGCACACUGCAUCUACCUACUUCUUUGCCAAGGACUCCUCUGAAUGUUUUCCUCUUCACUUUGUGCCCUCAAGCAGCAAACUCUUCAACCCGCAUUAUGAAGUAUUUCUCUCAUUGACGUUGCACACCCUCUCACCCCUUUAAAGAAACGGACCUUGAUCUGGACAAUACGCUUCCUUAGUCCAAAUAUUUCUUUGUUUUAACUUAAAUGUGUAUAUCUUUUUUAAAGAAACGUGUGAAAUCAUUUAAACGAACAAAGCACUAUUUAUAUAAUCUAUGUUGGGAGCCAAAGUCAGCCGUGCUUUUUGUCCAUGAUACCCAGUGCUGCUAGUAUUUAUUUAGUGUCCAAUCAGCUGGUAGCUGAUUAAGGUAAAGCCUCAAGUGUGGGACAUCUGUACCUGUAAAUUGUAGAGUAGCCUUCCAGUUUGAGUAGCAAUCAUUCAGUCUCUUGGUGUGAAAAGUUUCAUUCCAAAAGGAUACGUUCGAAAAUCUUCUCAGACAUGAAAGGAAAAAAAUGACAAAACUGACUGAAACAGCACAGAAACCCCUCUGAAGACUGGGGUGUAGCGUAGUAUUUUUCUUUUUAAAAAAAAUAACCUGCCUGACUCUGAAAAUGAAGGUUUAACAUGAAAAAGUAAAGACUUUUUUAAAGCACUGUAAAAAAUUGUACUGCACUGAAGCCCUCCAGUAAAGCUAAGGCUCGCAUCCGUUUUCUUAAUUAGGAAUGCUGAUCAAAAUUGCAGAUUUUGAUCAGCAAAAUCUGUAAUUUUUGCUGAUCAAAAAUGACAAAUUUUUGAUCUUAAUUUAAAAAUUGAAUCACUUACUUUUUAAAUAGUUUGAAAUGCCUUUAGACAAAGGCAGUUUUUUAAAAUGCUUUUGUUUGAGCAUGCACUUGAAGGUUUCCUGCGUUUAAGAAAGCCAAACAAUCACUGGUAGUGUUUUAGUAGAUGGCUGUGAUAUGAUAAAAGCGUGCUUUGUAAUAACCGUCUAAUUAUUCAAGAAACACUGCAUUGUUUAAACUAAUUCUGUAAAGAAAAAAAAUUAAAUAAGAAAAUGGUUAUUUAUGUAUGUACAGUUUGCUAAUUCAGGAAGAUUACUCUUUUUUUGCAAAUAAAACAUGAAGUAUUUACUUU